AUGGCCGCCUCCAUGGCUCGAGGCGGCGUGAAUGCCGUGUUCUUGUUGCGGGCGGCCAGGGGCUCCUGGUGGAGCAGGUCCUGCGAAGUGGCGGCGCUGGUGACAACCAAAAAGCUCUGGACAACAGGCUCGCGCCAGGCUGGAGAGGAGGAGGCCGGCGGCCCGGAGCGGCCCGGGGACGUGGUGAACGUGGUGUUUGUGGAUCGCUCCGGCCGGCGGAUCCCGGUGAGCGGAAGAGUUGGGGAUGAUGUUCUCCAUCUGGCCCAGCGCCACGGUGUGGACCUGGAAGGGGCCUGCGAAGCCUCCCUGGCAUGCUCCACCUGCCACGUGUAUGUGAGCGAGGCCCACCUGGAUCUUCUGCCCCCGCCUGAGGAGAGGGAGGAGGACAUGCUGGACAUGGCCCCCUUACUGCAGGAGAAUUCGAGGCUGGGCUGCCAGAUCACCCUGACCCCUGAACUGGAGGGCGCAGAAUUCACCCUGCCCAAGAUCACCAGGAACUUCUAUGUGGAUGGCCAUGUCCCCAAGCCCCACUGACACGGACUUUUGGUCUGACCCCAGACCACAUGGCUCCAGGGCCAGGACUUGAAGGAAGAGCCAAGUUGCCAGCCGGGCCCAAGGCACAGACAGACCUGAGAGAUGUGGGAAGCACGGCUAAGGUCACGGUUAAGGUCAUGGCCACUGCCUGGGGCAGAGCCCUGGUUGUGGGGGGGCAGGGCCUCUACUUGGGUUGCCUUCCCCAAACCCCUGACAAUCGGGGUGUGAAUAGGGUUGGGCUCAAAUUGAGCUGCAAUAAAACUGUCACACACAUCAGCAUGUCAUGUGUCCUUGGGGGUCUGGUCUCAGUCCUACACCUGCAUCUGCUGGACCUCCGGCUCUGCCCGCCCGCC